GCCAGAUGGCUCGCUCUGACUCUCAGUGCAGCAGGGUGGACUGUACCACUGCAGGUGAGGAGCGGGGAGUUGAGGGGAUGUAGGGAGGAGUGUAUGGAGGGGGGGCUGGCACAUCCUUCCCUGCCCAUAAUCCCUCAGUUGUGCUUCUGUGUGUGGAUGCUCUGCAGGUUUCCAAAGUGAUCCAUGAGUGAACGGACGGAGCCGCUUCCAUCAGCUUCAGUCAGACUCGUCCCGGUGUGAACUCUGAAGGCAAGGCAUGCUGGGAUUGUGGAGUUUUACCAUGAAAAUGCACAACACCUGAAAGAGGACAGAAAAACGUUUCUUCUUUUCACUCCAACAGAGCUUUAGAGUUUCUGAUCUUUGGAUUCUGAACUUACUCUGAUACGAAAGUAUUAAAUUCAUUUGGAUCAAGUUCAGACAAUUGGCUGAACCUCUUCUUCCUCUGCAACACAUCACCAGUGCAGAACAGAGUGUAAGCCAGAAUGGCGGACCCUUACCAGAACAACAUAUACCACCAGGGGGGUGGCGACAGCUACGGGACGUAUGGAGAAGGAGGCGGCCACGAUGGGUAUGGCUAUCAGGCCGAAUACUCCCCUCAGGACGAAGAUGCAGCGAGUGACGCGACUGAGGGACACGAUGAGGAAGAUCAGAUGUAUGAAGGAGAGUAUCAGGGAAUCCCACAUCCUGAUGAGGUGAAGGCGGCGCAGAGAGCAGCACGGGCGAAGGACAGAACGGCCGGCAGCGCCGUUUCUGAACUCGAGGAGCUGGCGGAACAGUACGAGGACAUCAUGGAGGACUGUGGCCAUGGACGCUUCCAGUGGACUCUCUUCAUGGUGCUGGGUUUGGCUCUGAUGGCUGACGGCGUCGAGUGUUUUGUGGUUGCGUUUGUUCUACCAUCUGCAGAGAAGGACUUGUGUCUGUCCAACGCAGAGAAAGGCAUGCUGGGUUUGGUUGUCUUCCUGAGCAUGAUGGUUGGGGCGUUCCUGUGGGGCGGCCUGGCAGAUAAAGUGGGCCGCCGGCGCUGUCUGAAGGUGGCUCUCGCGAUCAACUGCAUCUUUGCCUUCCUGUCAUCGUUUGCUCAGGACUACGGAUUCUUCCUCUUCUUCCGGCUUCUCUCUGGCAUCGGGAUUGGAGGCACCGUUCCCAUCGUUUAUUCGUACUUCUCAGAGUUCCUUCAGAUGGACAAAAGAGGGGAGCAUCUAUCUUGGCUCUGCAUGUUUUGGAUGAUUGGAGGCAUCUAUGCCUCCUUCACAGCCUGGGGAAUCAUCCCCAGAUACGGUUGGGGCUUCAGCAUGGGCACAGAGUUUCAGUUUCACAGCUGGCGGGUCUUUGUCCUGGUCGCAGUUCUUCCUGCGGUUGCCUCUCUGAUCGGACUCCUUUUCAUGCCUGAAAGUCCUCGUUUCCUGCUGGAGAAUGCCAAACACGAUGAGGCGUGGAUGAUCCUGAAGCGCAUUCAUGACACCAACUGGAGAGCCAAGGGUCAGCCAGAGAAAGUCUUCACUGUGACUCACAUCAAAGCUCCAAAGACAGCGGAGGACGAGUUCAUAGAAAUCCAGAGCGCCACAGGGACUCCCAUCCAGCGCUGGGCCGUGCGCUCACUGACCCUCUUCAAACUGGUGCUGAGAAACGUGGCGUCUCUGUUUUCUGCAGAGCUGAGGCUGGCUACACUCUUCAUGGCUGUCAUCUGGUUCUGCAUUGCUUUCAGUUAUUAUGGUCUGUCUGUGUGGUUCCCUGAUAUGAUCAAACACCUGCAGUAUGAGGAGUAUGAGGCCAAAGUAAAGACGUUCCACAGAGAACGCGUGGAGAACUUCCAUUUCAACUUUUCUCUGGAGAACCAGAUCCACAUUGAAGGGGAAUACAUCCGAGACAAGUUCAUCAGUAUAGAGAUGAAGUCAGUGAAGUUUGAGGACUCUCUCUUUGAAGACUGUCGCUUUGAAGACAUCAGGUCCACAGACACAGUGUUUGAGAACUGCACCAUCCGCUCCACCGUCUUCUACAACACAGAUCUAUGGGAGGAGAAAUUCAUUGACUGUAGGAUGGAGAACGCCACCUUUGAGCACAACAAACAUGGCUGCCACCUGGACAGCAUGAGGGAGAAUGACGUUCUCAUCUACCUGGUCAGCUUUCUGGGCAGUCUGGCAGUGUUGCCAGGCAACAUCAUCUCUGCACUCUUUGUGGAGAAGGUUGGCAGGGUGAAGAUCAUAGGUGGAUCCAUGCUCAUUUCUGCAGGUUGUUCCUUUUUGCUGUUUUUGAGCUUCAGCCAAGCAGCCAUCAUUGUUCUGCAGUGUCUGUUCUGUGGCGUCAGUGCGGCGGCGUGGAACGGCAUUCAGGUGGUGACUGUGGAGCUUUACCCCGCAUCCAAAAGGGCCACAGCGUUCGGACUGCUGAACGCUCUCUGCAAGCUGGCCGCCGUCCUCGGCAGCUCCAUCUUUGCCAGCUUUGUGGGGAUCACCAAAGCCAUCCCCAUCCUGCUGUCCUUCUCAGCGUUGGUGUGCGGCGGUCUGGUGGCCCUCAAGCUCCCCGACACGCGGCAGAAAAUCCUCCACUGAGGUCCAGAGAUGGAGGCGGGAAGAUCUGAACAUUUCAGCUUCCUGUUGGAAGCUGUUUGACUUCCUCCUGGAAACACGUCAGCUGUUCAUGCCAAACGCCAAGCUCUAGUUUCUUCAUUCGUAAAGAUUUACCGGGGGGGGUGGGGCUUACUUCAGCUCAACUGUGAUCCUCCAACAUUUUCAAAAAGCCAUCGAGACGCACCCAAUGGGGACGAUGAUAGACUGAUGGUUCUCUGAGGUUUGCAAUAACACCAUCCAUCGCGCGCUGUCUGCCGCUGCCGCUCCAUGCAUGAUGAAGAACCAUCACCUUCCAGCUCAUCAAACAACCGCUUUUGUUGAGGCUGUGAAACACACUUCCAGUCCUCGAUGUUAACACUGAUGCUCUAGUUAUCACAUUUCAGCUCCUUUAAUAGACCUGCAACAAUGGAAGCAGCUAAUAUUUAUUUUGGAUGUAAAAUAAUCACAAAUAUUUCAGUAAAGGAGCAUACAUAAUUGUGUUUUAUAGCUGGAACAAAGGGAACACCUUUAGAUUGGAUUGUCUUUUAAGAGUUGGAUCCAAAAAAUGUUGUGAAACUGGAAGUUUUAGCUUGAUAUGAUCUGGGGGUGAAGUGAAGAAUAAAGCAGGAAGAUUUCAAAAUAUAUGGAAAUCACAUCCUAGAAAGUUAGAUUUCUGAGUUUCUAAAGAUUGACUGAUCCAAUAACCAGCUGUGGUUGGAGCUGCUUCCAUUAUGAAAAGAUUCUUCAGCUCUUUAGGGGGAGUGUGUUUUCUUUAACAUGACUUAUCAGUGCAUUUCUGAUCAAUGUUUUUAAAGCUGGAACAAAGGGAGCACCUUCAGGUUGGAUUGUUGUCUUGUGUUAUUUACUUAUUUAUGAAAUGGAUCCAGAAAAUGCUGUGAAUCUGGACGUUUUAGCUUAAUAUGAUCUGGGAUUGAAGUCUAGGAAAAAGCAGCGAAAUUUCCGUUUUUGGACAGAAAUCCAUCAAAAUAUAUGGAAAUCACAUCCAAGAAAGUUUUUCUGAAGAUUCACAGAUCUAGUGAACAACUGUUUGGGCUGCUUCCAUUAUAAAGAGAUCCUUCAGCUAUUUAGAAGGAGUGUGGUUUCUUUAAAACACUAAUGCUUAAAGCUGGAGGUUCUUUCCAUUUGUUUGUGUCACAAAUCAUUUCUGGAUGUUUGGGGUUUGUCUAGUUUUUUGAUGAACUCCGCUGUCAUAUUGCAGCUGCUGCUGUCAGACUUUGUGUGUCGGCGUCUUCCUGUUCUGACGCCUUCUUCGUAAUCGCUCGUGCUAAAACAUGCAGGUUCCUGGUGAGGACAGAGUUUAAACCUGCAUCUCCAUCUGGCUCUGUAGACUAACUGGCAUCGUCCUGCAUCUUCACAAAUGUUAAGCACUUCGUCUCAUCUGGGUUUAUCUCACCGUGGCGUUACCGGAUCGGCUGCUUACCUGUUUACUGACGUCUGACAGUUUGUGUCUUGUGCCGUGUGUCCCGCAUGACAACCUCCACCUUUAUGUACUAGAGCUCACUGGGGCUCCAAACAAAAAAAUAUAUACAUGUGAGUGUGAUUGUUCUGUCUGGUUUGAGUUGUCAUAUCUGACCUCCUUUUUUUUAAAUUCCUGCUUGUUUUUUUAUUUUUAUUCAACUGAAACCACGAUCUAUAAGUGAUUGCAGCACCAAACGAUGAAGGAAUACUUACAGAAGCAGAGAACAUUAGCAAUAAAUCAACACAAAAACAGAAGAUUUGACAAGUUCUUUUUAAAAAUCUAAAUUGUCAAAUCCACAUUUGAAACAAAGCUUUCUCUAAAACGGUUCAGCCUGCAGGUUUCAUCUUCCUCCUGUUCCUCGAGGUCGUGACCUCCCUUCCGUUUCUUCUGCCUGAUCGGAGCUCUUCCACAGGUUUAUCUGUCUUUUCAUGUGCAACUCUGUUGUGGUUUGGUCUGCUUGUGUAAAUGGCUGCAUGUCUGUUUGUGUUCUUGACAUAACGUGUAACGAGAUGUAUGUAUGUCAGUCUGAAGUGUGUUUUUCUCAAUAAAACAAGGAGGCAGCAGCGCUGUGGUUCUCUCUAGUUCUGUCUGACAGUUUUACUGUUGGAAACAAUUGAAAAUAUAUAGUUAAUUUGUGUGGGAAGUGCAUUUAGUCACCUCUAAUAAACAUUCAACCAAUUGUA